AUGGCUUAUCCAAUGUACGAAGUUGAUUGGAGUGUUUUACCACCAGAACAAAAUCGAAGGUUUAACCCGGCGUUCAAUAUUGCUACCAUAAAACAAGUGGUAAAUGAGGCUAUUGAGAGAGUGCGGAUGCCCACGCCCACGCGGUUGCGAGACUUGAUCCGCCAGAUACGCGCCGCGAGAACAGCAGCAGAGGAGAGGAGUGUCGUGAACAAGGAGUGCGCGUAUAUACGUUCCACGUUCAGAGAGGAGGACAGCGUUUGGAGAUGUCGAAACAUCGCGAAGCUCCUAUACAUCCACAUGCUGGGCUAUCCAGCGCACUUUGGUCAACUGGAAUGUCUGAAAUUGAUCGCCAGCCCGCGGUUUACCGACAAGAGAGUCGGUUACCUUGGCGCAAUGUUGCUGCUGGAUGAGCGGCAAGAUGUCCACUUACUUAUCACUAACUGCUUAAAAAAUGACCUCAACAGCAACACACAGUUCGUGGUAGGGCUGGCACUGUGCACGCUUGGUGCGAUCGCGUCUCCCGAGAUGGCGCGCGACCUUGCCUCGGAGGUGGAGAGACUCAUAAAGUCCCCAAACGCGUACAUCAAAAAGAAAGCGGCGCUCUGUGCCUUCAGGAUCAUAAGACGAGUGCCCGAUUUAAUGGAAAUGUUCCUACCGGCGACGAGGAGUCUACUGACUGAGAAAAAUCAUGGUGUGCUCAUCACCGGCGUGACUCUCAUCACCGAGAUGUGCGAAAACAGCCCCGACACACUCAAUCACUUCAAAAAGAUUGUUCCGAACCUGGUGAGAAUAUUGAAGAACCUUAUCUUGGCCGGAUAUUCACCUGAGCACGACGUUAGUGGAGUCUCCGAUCCUUUCUUACAGGUGAAAAUCCUCCGCCUGCUACGGAUAUUGGGCAAGAACGACGCUGAAGCAUCAGAAGCGAUGAACGACAUACUGGCACAAGUCGCCACCAACACGGAGACGAGCAAAAACGUUGGCAACACGAUUUUAUACGAAACUGUGCUGUCUAUCAUGGACAUUAAGUCUGAGAGUAGCUUGCGCGUGCUCGCGAUCAACAUUCUGGGCAGGUUCCUGCUGAACAACGACAAGAACAUUAGAUAUGUGGCGCUGAACACACUGCUGAGAACUGUGCAUGUCGACACAUCGGCUGUACAGAGGCACAGGACCACCAUUUUGGAAUGUUUGAAGGACCCAGACGUGUCGAUCCGUCGUCGUGCCAUGGAGCUGUCGUUCGCGCUGAUGAACAGCCAGAACAUACGCGCCAUGAUGAAGGAGCUGUUGAGUUUCCUAGAGCGUUCCGACGCAGAGUUCAAGGCGCACUGCUCCAGCGCCAUGGUGCUGGCAGCCGAGCGGUACGCGCCGUCCAGCAAAUGGCACCUAGACACUCUCUUCCGUCUGUUGCUCAAGGCAGGAAAUUAUCUUCGCGAUGACACGGUAUCGAGCACCAUACAAAUCAUAUCCGCAGCGCCAACAGAGAGGCAGGCGUAUGCUGCGAUGCGCCUGUGGACCUCCUUGGAACGCUCUGCAGUCUCAGGAGACGCCACCGAGAAGCAACCACUAGUUCAGGUAGCCGCUUGGACGGUGGGAGAAUAUGGAGACCUUUUGGUGUCGGAAGCCAGCAAUGCUAUAUCAAUGGUUGAUGAGGACGGUGUUGACGACUUCGUUCGGCCAACGGAAGAAUAUGUGAUUGACAUUUAUCAGAAGCUGUUAUGGUCGACUCAAUUAUCCAUCACGACCAAAGAGUAUUUACUGCUGUCCCUGGCGAAACUCUCCACAAGAUUCACUACUAGACCUAGUCAAGACAAAAUUCGAGUAAUUAUCGAUACCUUUGGCUCUCACAUCCAUAUUGAACUGCAACAAAGAGGGGUUGAGUUGUCGCAACUCUACAGGCAAUACGCUCACCUGCGGCCCGCGCUGCUGGAGCGGAUGCCGGCCAUGGAGGCGCCGAGCGGCGGCGCGCGCGACGACAGCGACCCCGAGACCGACGCGCCGCUCGACUCGUCGCACGACGCGCCGCACCACCGCACCGACCAGGAUGCACUGCUAGAUCUAAUCAUCGGAUCGGAGCCCAUGUCAAACGGCGAUGCGGAACACGAGACGCCACCGCCAGCUACGAACAACAACACCUCAACAAGCAAUGAUAUCCUAGACCUGCUAAGCGGGCUGGACUUGAGUACGCCGAGUGUCACCGCGCCCGCGCCGACGCCAGUCACAAACAGCGUUCCAGCAUCCAACUUGCUGCUAGACGGGUUAUUCUCCACGCCGCAACCCACUGCACCUACUGGUGCACAGACCGAAACUCGGGUGAGCGCACUGGAGCGCAACGGACUGCGCGUGGAGUUCGUGGUGGCGCGAGGCUCCGCGCCCGGCAGCGCCACGCUCACCAUGCGCGCCGCCUCCAGCGCUCGCGCCGCGCUCACUGACUUCCUGUUCCAGGCCGCCGUGCCCAGGGUAUCGACUCAUACAACUUCACACACCUGCCAUUUGGCUAUAUCAACUCGUUCAACUUUCCGCUGUUUUUGGGUAUUGAGAAGCAGUUGGUAUUAA